UUAUUCUUUAUCAAACAUUAUUGCAUUGUCGUUGCCAAGAAGUGGCAUGGCUAACUCAAAGGUGUAUGUGUUUGUUGGUCUUUUUGUUGUUCUCUCUUAUCAAGUUUUAGCUCAAUCGCCGUUGCCUCCACCUCCUAUUCUUGGUGUGGUUAAUGAAGACGAUCCACGUCCAAAUGGCCCCAAGGAAAUUCCAUUUGAAGCUCUAGAGACCGUAGAAGCUGUUAAUGAAAUGAUUCACCAUGAUAAAAAUAGUGGCAAGAUGCAUAAAGUGAUGAUUCCAGCAUGUGAUUGGAUGACUUUCCGUGGAAAUCUGAUCAAGAAGAAGUGUGCUGAAACUAUUCCUAAUAGCAGAAAAUUUCUAAAACACUUAUGUGAUGAGGGAAAUAAAUUUUCGGAAAUUGACGAAGAAGAUAACGUUUCCUUAAGUGAUAGGGAAUAUAAAGCUUCCAAAAGUGGUGAAGAAGAUGGAGUUUCCAAGAGUAAUGAAGAAGAUAAAGUUUCCAAAAAUGAUGAGGGAGAUCAAGUUUCCAAAAUUGAUGGAGAAGAUGCAGUUUCUAAAAAUGACAAGGAAGAUAAUGUUUUCAUGAGCAACAUGGAAGAUAAUGUUUUCAAAAGUGAUGAGGAAGAUAAAAUUUCCUUAACAAAAUAAUCUAGUUAAACCAACUAUCAAAAAGUAUAUGUGUAUUCUUGAAACAAAAAAAAGUAUGUGUAUAUCAUUUGGUGCCUUAUAUAUAUGAGCAUGCAAUGAUGUGCAUAAUAAUAUGUUUAAAUAAAAAGGUUGAGAGUACACACUCUAGUGAUAAUUUUCUAUAUA